CAAAUGCAGCACUACUAACAAAGAACUCUAUUAGCGAGCUACUAAAUACAAUACACGCUUUUGCGCCAGCCUGUAGCCGUGAUAGCCAUUCAGUGGAUAAGCAAAGUCGCUCAAGUGAGAAUGUGUCGUUUUUGAGUGCGCAUCGCACGGCGUAGUGGCAAUAUAUAUAUAUGUAUAUAGAAAAUAUCUGCAAGUAAAUUUGCUGCUGCAGCAAAAUUGUAUAUCAACAAGAAUUGCUUAAGGCAAAAACCAAAAAACGCAAAUUGAAUUGGAAAUAAAAGAAAAAGCAGAAAUCUCAAAACAUCGACUACCUCCCGAUAUGGACCAGACAGAUUCCAAAGAGGAAUAUAGCAGUCGUUGUUAGAGUGGCAUCCGAUGCAUACUUUGGCUAUACUUUAACUCCAGCUGGAAUACGCAUGCAAAAUAAUUUUUAACUAACAGCCACAAAUUGCAAAUAACUGCAUCAGCAGUGGAGAUUUUUUCUCUAAUUUUUGGCGUAAAUAAAUUCAGCGGAUCGAACUCUCACCCAGAUGUCCUUAUUUCGGCAAUUUUUUGGUUCUACCUCAAACUCAUGGAUACGCGCGCUCAUCAUCUUCGUACUCACCUGGGCGCUGCUCGUUUACGUUUUUGUCAAUAAGCUGAGUGCGCAACCGAAUUCGGACGCGGAUACGAUAACAGCGAAACGCAUCAAUCAGGCGCUGCAGCUGCUCGAAUACUCGAAGCAACGCAAUGAGGAGCUGCGUCAGAUGAUCGAGAAGUUGUCGAGUGACCAAAUCGACAAGCAGUCGGCGCAGCUUCUCAUCGAAAAGCUCGAAUUCAAUUUGCAAAACUCCAUAAACAUACAGAACCAAGAUGCCGCAUUGGCUGACUUCAUGGGCGCCGGCGACGGUGACGCGGACACUUUCGGCGGCAUGCCGGCUCCAAAUGCGGGCGCUCAACGUGCUGCUGGCAGCGCGCACGAGCCCAGCCUGGAGUACGAGCUGCUACGUCGCCGUAUACAGUCGAACAUAGGCGAGAUUUGGAACUACUUUAGCAGUGAGUUGGGUAAGCUGCGCAAGCGCGCCGCGCCAACGCAGGCCGAAUUAACGCAGGACAUCAAUGAAGUGCUGCAACUGGGCGCCGAACACAAGCGCUCACUGUUGAGUGACAUGGAGCGCCUGCGUCAGGUGGAUGGUUACGAGGCGUGGCGUCAGCAAGAGGCGCGCGAUUUGAGUGAUUUGAUGCAGCGGCGGCUGCACUACCUGCAAAACCCGAAGGAUUGUGCCAACGCGCGCAAGCUGGUGUGCAAACUGAAUAAGGGCUGCGGCUACGGCUGCCAGUUGCACCAUGUCGUCUACUGCUUCAUAGUGGCCUACGCGACGGAGCGCACAAUGAUCUUGAAGUCGCGGGGCUGGCGCUACCAUAAAGGCGGCUGGGAGGAGGUUUUCCUGCCGGUGUCCGAGACUUGUCUGGAGGCGGACGCCGCGCACGCCAGCAACUGGCCUGGGCGGCAUGAUAUGCCGGUGCUGGUGUUGCCGAUCAUUGACUCGCUAAUGCCGCGUCCGCCCUUCCUGCCGCUAGCUAUACCCGAGGACUUGGCGCCGCGACUCAAGCGUCUGCACGGCGAUCCGAUUGUGUGGUGGAUCGGACAGUUUUUGAAGUACUUGCUGCGUCCGCAAAGAGGCACGUUGGAGUUCCUCGAUGCAGGUCGUGCGAAAUUGGGUUGGAAGAAGCCCAUUGUGGGCGUUCACGUGCGUCGCACCGACAAAGUUGGCACCGAAGCGGCCUUCCAUCGCAUAGAGGAGUACAUGACACACGUCGAGGACUACUUCCUAACAUUGGAGAUGAACGCCACUACAGUGCCGCGACGCAUAUUCCUCGCUUCCGAUGACGCGCGCGUCAUCGAGGAGGCGCGCAACAAGUAUCCCCAGUACGAGAUCAUCGGCGACCCGGAGGUGGCACGCAUGGCCGCCGUCUCGACGCGCUACACCGAUACCGCGCUCAACGGCAUCAUACUCGACAUACAUCUGCUCUCUCUCUCCGACUACCUGGUGUGCACGUUUAGCUCGCAGGUCUGCCGCAUGGCCUACGAAAUAAUGCAAACGCUGUACCCGGAUGCGGCGCAUCGCUUCAAAUCGCUGGACGAUAUCUACUACUACGGUGGGCAGAAUUCGCACAAUCGACAAGUGGUCAUAGGCCAUCCGGCGCGCAAUCACGACGAGAUCCACAUGAAGCCAGGCGACCUGGUGGGCGUGGCUGGCAACCAUUGGGACGGUUAUUCGAAGGGCAAGAAUACGCGCACAAAUCAAGUGGGACUCUUCCCCUCGUUCAAGGUGGUUGACAAGGUGGAAACCGUCAGGUUGCCACUCUACGAGCAGGUGCAGGAGGGGCGGGUGUGAACGCGAGCGGAGCGCGUUGCGCGCACAAUGCUCUGAGCUGAGUUGUGCGACACUAGCGCGUUAAGAAAAUAUUUAUCAUGCAGUUAGGCAUUUUGUAUGUAUGAUUUUUUUUUUUGUUUUUAAUUUAGGUUUGUAAAAAUUAUUAUUUUAGUGCUGUGCAAUACUACUCUGCUAGAUACUAGAUUUUAGUCAAUAACUAUAGACGCAACAUGAAAAUUACGUAUAAUAUAUUUUUAUAUGAUUUUUUGCGCGGCGAUUUUGAUUUUUCACUUUUUCGACCGCUAGAGCUGCACAAAACCGCUUACAACUAAAUUUUUGUAUCGUAUUUUGAUUGAAAAUCGUUUUUUUUUUUUAAAUUUAUUUUUGAUUGCGUAUAAAAUCGAAUAAGCUAUAGCUAUGAGUUAGGUAACUAUAAGUAAGUAAGUAAAGUAAGUAAACACCAAAAUGAACAAAAUUUGCAAAAUAUAACGGUUAUUGAUAACAUAAAACUUACAUAUAUAAAAAUACUAUACAACAAAAAGAGCAGAAACAGAGCAGCAGAAAUAAUAAAGGCACUCGAAACAGCUGCACAAGAUCUUGAAAUAGGUUUUUGUUUAAGUAUAUAUGUCACAGCUGCUAAAAGCUUUGUAGCGUUUUACGGCAAAGCCAACUUACCUCACUAAUACUGGCUUCAUAAAUCUGUUUAAACAAUUUUUUUUACUGCACUACAAAGUGCAUUGUCAAGACUUUUUCCUGAUUCAGCUGUGGUGUAACUUAAAAACUAAAAAAUAUGUAAGUAGUAUGAGCUUUUCCCAAGCAAUAUUCCAGUGUAGAAUGAAGCAUUUUUUGUUAGAAUAAAAAGUAAUUAAGCUAUAUAUUAAAAAAUAGUGUUAAUAAAUAAUGUGGACGGCACUGAAAAUAAAAUUAUAGUUUUAUUGAAAAAUUUUCACGCCACAAUGUGCCUGAAAAGUCCGCAUCAAUUUCGCAGCCAGACUUUAAUUUCUUCAUGAGGCACAUUGUGUUGUUGGGCGUGUAAAAUAGUCUGAACAAAAAUAUCUAGUAUACAAAUGUAAACAUAUUGCUGAGACCAGAUGUAUGAUUGCAAUAUGUAAACAAUGAGUAAAAUUAAAAAUAAAAUCAAAUGUAAAAACAUGUGCAUAUCGCAA